AUGCUCGGGAAGAGGAGGAAAGAGGCCAAGGCCCCGAAAGAUGCGGGCAAACCCAAGUGGAAGGAAGAGCUGGCAGAUGAUGAAAGUGGUGAAGUAACUGCACAGGAUAUGGAAGAUUGGCGCCAGCGUGAGGAGCUGGAGCGAGCAGCGCGAGAGGCACGCGAAGCUAAAGAAGCAGAAGAAAGGAAAAGGCGUGAAGCUGAGCAAGCUGAGCGAGCUGCAGCCAAGGAGCGCGAAAAGGUUGCAAGCCAGUCAAGACAGUCAAGAUCUUCCAGGUCAUCCAGUAGAUCCCGGUCCCGAUCCCGGCGGCGUCGCCGAUCAUCCUCGUCAUCAUGCACGAGCUCUAGAGGUCGACGGAAAACUGGAUGGGAUGUGACCGAUGACAGCCUUGUGGCGCAAGCUGGACCGCAAAUUGCAGAAGUGGCUCAGAUUGCCAAGGUGGUGGAGGCAAAGGCAAGGACACCCGUCAUUCCUCCGCCACCACCAAUUCCAUGCCCAUGUGGGGACACCAGCCUGCAACCGCCACAAGCACCUGCACUUGCCCACACAGCGAUUCUCCAGAAACACGUGCAGCCACCACCGCCCCCUCCACCACCUGCAAAUUUUAACGGAGCAUUGCUGAAUGCGCCGGUAUGUGGCCAAAUGUGGGAACAAGUGCCCCUGUGUCACCAGGACCUACCGCAGUUGUCGCACUCUCAGCUGCACUUGUCGGCUGGGCAACAUCAGCAGAUGGCAAGCUCCACACCAGUCCACUGGUCUCCACACGUACAACACGUACACUGGCAGCAUCACGUGGAUGGCAAAGGUCAUUGGAAUCAAGUUCAUUCAGCUUGGAGCGCUUGUGGAUGGCCUGGCCAUCCAGCUGCUCCAGCCCACCCAAGCACUUCAGCUCCCUUUCAGGCAUCAGGACUGCCAGGACUGCCAGGCUUGGGAUGGACACCCGAUCGUUGGAACGAGGAAGAGCGCUUCAUAGGCAGGGUGAAGAGAUUCCAAGAUGCUCCUGGAGGCGGUUAUGGGUUCAUCGAUUCUGACGACUGCAAGAUGCGCUUUACCCGCGACAUCUACAUACACCGAAAUCAAAUGGCCGGCCUGCAGAUUGGGGAUGAGGUGAGUUUCACCGUCAGCCUAAGCAACAAGGGUGAGCCUCAAGCAAGGAACGUGAUGAAACGGGAGGAUGCGCUGUUGUUGCGAGCAGGGCAAGCAGGCGUUCUUCACAGCAUUGAUGCGAGGGACGCGGCCAGCUUGAUGGACGAAAACCAGGCAAGGCAGUUCCAAGCAGCUUUGCGUGGCAGCCCCUAA